AAAAGAAAACAUCAACUUUAUAUACACUCUUUUUUCACGAUGGCAUCAAACUCAAUGUCUGCUUAUGGAUCUGGCUCAUGGACUGUUAAGCAGAGCCAAGCCUUUGAGCGUGCUCUAGCAACCUACGACCAGGAGACUCCUGACCGCUGGUACAAUGUCGCUAGAGCCGUUGGUGGGACAACACCAGAUGAAGCUAAGAGACAAUACGAACUUCUCGUGCGUGACAUAGAAAGCAUUGAGAAUGGGCACGUGCCAUUCCCUAACUACAAAACUACUGGAGGCAGCACCAAAGGCAGAAUGCGUGAUGAGGAAAAACGGAUGAGAAGCAUGAAGCUGCAGUGAAAGAAGAAGCAACUGAAUCUAUAAUUAUGGUAUGAUGAUGGUCAAGAAUAAAAGAGAAACAGGCAAAAAGAUGUGCUAGGCAACUUUAAGCAAUGUUUGUGUUGCUAUUUCCCACAAGUUUAUAAUCUAUGUAGAACCAAAAAAAAAGCCCUCGAGUUAAUUAAGCAAAUAUGUAUUCUAGGGUUCUUCUCAAUGAAAAAAAAAAUCCAAUUGUCUGAAUCAAUUAGAAAUGUUGAUCAUACGGUAAGGGAUAAACCAAUCUGAAUCAGAUGGUUCUUUCUUUGUAAUGAUACUAUCUACGGA